AUGGGGACUCAGGUGGCGGCUAUGGCCAAACUGUUCACGCCAUUAGUGAACUCCUCAGUUGGCCCAGCUACACAUGUGGUCACGACCACGCCCAACACCAAUGGGACGAAGCAUUUCUCAGGUAGCACCGAUCCCAUUGUGGCAGACGAGUGGAGGAGUAGGCUAGUCCGAAACUUCAGCUCUACUCGCUGUCCCGAGGAUUACAAGAGAGACAUUGCGGUUCACUUCAUGGAAGGGGAUGCACAUUAUUGGUGGCUGGCUGUGGACAAGCGCACCAAUGGAAGUGUCCAGAACGCUUGGGACCGUCUGGAAGGUAGAUUCCUCGACCUUACCCAAGGCAGCAGGGCCAUACGAGAGUACGAAGAGGAGUUCAACCGACUCCGACGGUUUUUUGGGAGGGAACUCGAGGACGAGACAGUCCAGGUUCGUCGGUUCAUUCGAGGCCUAAGGCAAGAGCUGAGAAUCCACUGCUCGAUCCACACCUUCAGCACCGUUAGAGAGCUAGUUGAACGAGUAGCUCUUUUGGAGUCUAACUUGGCCGAAGAAGCCAAGCUUAAGACAAAGUCGCCGUCCGUCCUGACGUGA